UACAAUAAAUUAAAUAGUAACUGUAAUGACUUAUGAAAUAAUAAUAAUGACUUAGUGACUAAAGUUUUGUAAAUUGGUAUUUUUACAUACUAUUAUCAUGGGUACAUAUAAAAACUAUAUGAAAUUAUUGGAAUCUUGGCCAUUAGAUAAUACAAAACCUGGCAGAGAUUUGGCUCAACAUAUUCGUGACCAAAUAAAACUUGCAUUUGCAAAGGGUGAAGCUAGUGAAAUAAAUCGUGAACAAUGUGAUCGUUAUUAUACGAGUUUAAAGAGAAUUUGUUCUAAUCAUUAUGGACAAAUUUAUAUUCGAAAAUUUCCAAGUACAGCUAGUGGAUUAACAAAAGAACAGUGCAAUUUAAUUCUUACACCGGAAGCAUUACAAUAUUUUGAAGAAAAACAAGAAGGAAUCUUUUCACGUACAUUUUCAAGAUUAUUCAAGAAUGUUAUUAAAAAAAAUGAAUGA